CACAAGUAGACGUUAUCAUUGUUUAAGAAAGGGGGGAAAUUAAGUUCCUCAUUGCGAAAUAUGUCCUGCGAUAACUUGAUGGGACCUGCCUUACCGCCGAUGUUUAGAAAAAGCAGUGAUCAAGAUUCUGAUAAUGAGGAGGGAUUCGCGGGUCCGGCUCUGCCUCCUGGUUAUAAACGCGGAGAACCCUCCAGCUCUUCGGAAGACAGUGAACAGGAGGUAGUGUUCAAGAGGGCCAAGACAAGACACACAGCAAGAGAUGGACCCACUACACAAGUGGAAGAGCCAACGAAGGCUCAAGAUGAUGAUGAUGAUGGUGAUGAUAAUAAUGAUGAUGAUGAUGGCUUCUUUGGACCAGCUCUACCCCCAGGAUUUAAGAAACAACAGAGUUCGCCAGAAAGGCCGCCUAUGAUAGGUCCAGCUUUACCGCCAGGGUUUUGCAGACCAGCAGAUAAUGACGAUAAUGAUGGUGAAGAUGGAGAGUGUUUACCAGGGCCUGCCUUGCCCCCAGGCUACCAGGCUGAGUGCUCCAGUAGUGAUGAAGAGGAUGGUGAUGUGAUUGGACCCAUGCCAGCCAGUGGAAUGGCUCAGGAUUCUGUGGCUCUUGACUUUGAGCGUAGGGCACAAAGGAUGAAAGAAAAGCUGACAGCAGGAGAUACUCCUGAGGUGGUUGCUAGAGAAUCAUGGAUGACAGAGCUCCCUCCAGAAUUGCAGCACAUUGGCUUGGGGGCUCGCACUUUCAAAAAGAGGUCGGGUCCAGAGAACAAAGACCGCUCCAUUUGGACAGAAACACCAGCAGAUAGAGAACGCAAGGCCAGGGAGCGGCUUGAGGGAAAGAAGAAUGAUGAGCCAGAGAAAGAGAGUGUUCCACAGAUGUCAUGUAAAGACUUAGAAAUGGCAGAGAAAGUGUCUAAGUAUAAUGAGACCAAGCGUGGUGAGUCCUUGAUGACUUUGCAUACAAAGAAAAUGAAGAAGAAAGUGGAGGAAAAUGUGGACAAGCCAGCAGAGAGAAGGCCGUUUGAUCGGGACAAUGACCUACAAGUUAACCGGUUUGACGAGGCCCAGAAGCAGCGAUUGAUAAAGAAGUCUCAAGAACUAAACACACGAUUCUCCCAUAGCAAGGAUCGCAUGUUCCUUUAAACAGUCCUCACAUGCGAUGUGGCAUGCUGGAAUAUGCAGAGCUCCAGUUUGCAUCCAGAUGGUAAAAUAUUUAUCCAUGGCCAGAUUGUAUAAUAUUAACUAGCUUUUCAAGAUGUUGGUUUGUUAAACAAAAAGGACACUGAAUGAAAGAUUGGGCUACAUCAGGCUUUGACCCAAGUCAUAGCCACUGAUGGAGGAUCAUAUCAAUGAGCCUAAUCCUCAUAAGGAACAAUAACGCUCUUACAAUUUACAACCCAUGUAAAAUGCUGGGACAGAAUUUUAUCCCAUGAGGUGAGGGAAAACUUUAUAUUAUACAGUAGAAAAAGUGUGUUGGUAGCAGGUAUUACUAUUGUAAGUUUGUUAUGGCCAGAAGCAUUUACAUGUAUCAUGCUUACUCCAAUAACAUUUGUUGUCUGGCCAACCUUCAUAGAAACAUAUUUUACAAUUCCAAAACAGAAAGAAUCACAGACAAUAAAUAAACAAGGCGCUCUAUGGAUAACC